AUACUUGUUACCGGGGGUGUCGGACUACGGUCCACCGGGACGAUGCGGAAUACCUGGACAUAAUUAUAUAUACCAAAGAGCCCAGUCGAAAUGGUCAAGACCGCUAUUACGCUGGCCGCCCUGGCCCUGGCUGCCUCGGUGGCUGCUCUCCCCGCCGCAACCUCCCCAACCACCUUCUCCUUUGCGCAGUGGGUGGAGGACAUCAUCGCCAACCCCGACACGGCUCUCACCGUCGACGAGGCCAUCGCAGCGGCCAAUGAAGCUGCUAUAGGCGGUUCCGCAGGUGGCCUUCAGAGGAGAGUUUGGUGCGAUCAAGAUUGGCCACGCGCACCUGGACGGGAUGCUGCGGCCUGUGUUGACUACCUUGCCCGCAUCGGCCGCGACGGCGUCACCUGCGCCAUCCCAUCUAACCGGUUUGAUAUUCAGAUGUGCCGUAUCGGUGGCGCACAGAUUGCCGCCAGCCGGUCGACCCAGCUGCCACAGCCGGUAAACUGCAACGAUGUUGCUCGCACUGCAGGACUUAUCUUUGACAGUUGCUGGCGAGCCGACGAUACGAUCAUUGGCUCUGAGAUCUGCAUUGCGGAUAGAAGGAUGCAGAUCAAUAUUCUCGGACUCUGAGGCAGAGUCUAGGGGUUGCUGGCAUCCGGCUGACGUUCACAUUUCCCGGACCGUUCCGUCCUCCAAUGAAAUGGAAGAGGCUCAGAAAGUCCCAGGGGAGAUUUAUACGGCGAAAUAGGACAUACCAUAUAGCCAAACUCUUGGAUAAUGUCAGCAGCCCGUCAUUGACAGCUGCGUAGCCAACGAAAGGCCAUUGCCUCGUCG